AUGGAAACUACACCAACAGAUAUAUUUUCCAUCACGGAAAUACUGGAAAACGUCCUCCUCUGUCUUGAUAUAAAGACCCUCCUAACCUCGGGCCAACGGGUAUGCCACUCAUGGCAUGAUCUAGUCGUGACCUCCCCCGCUCUACAAAAGCACCUAUACUUUCAGCCCGACUGGGAAAAAAGGGCCAAGACCCAAAACCCAUUGUUAUCAGAAUUCUUUCCUCCAUGGUUCCCACCCGCACUAGCAGCUACAGACGCCAAGUCAAAUCAAGCAAGCCAAGAACUUGAAUCAUGCAGCCAUAUUCAAGGAAUAUUCGGCGGAAACGCUGAUUUCGAGAAUCUACCUCUUGCAAUAUCUAAAAACAACCCCUUCUUCAUGUAUGAAAAAGCCAGCUGGCGACACAUGCUAGUCCAACAACCGCCUAUAGCCGAGCUUGUGAUUUUCAAGGUUGUGGCUAAUCGCGGUGGGUCUCAUUUUUCGGGGCCAUAUGCACAGAACAAGGUCCAGACUGAUGUAUCGUUUGAAGAUCUUUAUUCACAAGCUUUGAAAGAGAAUGAGCCUUUGAGGAUGGACUGUUUUUAUGAUAAAGUCGUAUUGACAAGUGGAUCGAUGCCUUAUGAGUGGAUGAUUGUGUGGGACAGUGAUAAUGGUAAACUGGAGAUCCCGUCAGUUAUCCAUAGUUAUAAGUUUGAGGAUUUGGAGAAGGAGAUGAUUAAGAAGAUUGCUAGGAUGUAUGGAAUGGUUUUGGUGGUGUCUCAAAUUAGGCAGUGCUGUCAGCCCUUUUUGUGGACGCCGGGUGAGAAGUUCGUUUUCAAGAAGGAGAUUUUGAAAGAUCGAGAUGGAAGGAAGAUUGUUUAA